UCCAAUCUUUCCACUUUCAAGAUAAUAUUUUUCAUCUCCACCGUCCAUUCCACCGUACCCCUCUUAAACCGAAUCCAUUCCCCUUCCGUCUUCCUCGCUGUCCGCAAACUCACACCGAGCUUCAAACUCUCCAUCAAUGGCCUCUCUCCGGCAAACACCAACGGCUCUCUCCCUCAAGGCCAAUCUCCUCUCACCCUCCCUCUGUCUCCCCAAAAACCCUUUCAUCCUCAAAAUCUCCGUUCCGCGCCGCAGCUUCACUGGCGUCAGGAUGUCGGCUACAGUAGCUGGAAGCUACGCGACCGCCCUCGCCGACGUGGCCAAAUCCAACAACACGCUCGAUUCCACCAGCGCCGACAUCGAAAAAAUUGAAAAAAUCUUUGCCGACGAGUCGGUCUACGACUUCUUCGCCAACCCUACCAUCGACGCUGAGAAGAAACGACAAGUGGUGGACGAAAUCUCCAAGUCGUCCGCGCUGCAGCCGCACACGGCAAACUUUUUGAACGUUUUGAUCGACGCGAAGAGGCUGGACGCGAUCAAAGACAUAGUGAAGGAGUUCGAGAUGGUAUACAACAGCAUAACGAAUACGGAAUUGGCGGUGGUGAGCUCUGUGGUGAAUUUGGAGCCGGAUCAGUUGGCGCAGAUAGCGAAGCAGGUGCAGAAGCUGACGGGGGCGAAGAAUGUGAGAAUAAAGACGGUGAUUGAGCCGAGUCUGGUGGCGGGGUUUACGGUAAGGUACGGGAACGGGGGGUCGAAGCUGGUUGAUAUGAGCGUGAAGAAGCAGCUGGAGGAGAUUGCUGCGGAGAUGGAUUUGGGAGAUAUUCAACUUGCUGUAUGAGAAAUUGGCUGAAAUUUAUGAGGCUAAAUUUGUAAAACAGGUGUUAAGAUUUUAUGUGGAAAUUAAGUUUUGGAAUUAAUUGAGGGCUCUUAUUGCUUUAA